CACGGAUUGGUCCUUACUUGUCUCUGGAGCGAGAAGUUGCACCAUCCGCGGACCCCGUAUCAAUAUGUCAUGAAGGAUUCAGGAUGCGAAGCUUAACUCAAACUUGUUCGAGAUAAGACUGAGGGGUUGUCGCUACUUCCUCCAAAACCCAGCCUUGCCCUCAACCCGCUCUCUUUGCCAAAGUCACAGUCACCUUACUGAACACACUUCGUCUUUGAAUAAGACAUAAUUAUGCUGUCUACUAUCACACUUUACUCACUGCUGCUUCCACUGGCUGUCGGCGCCGCAUUGAAAGACACUCAGGCCCCGCUGGUUCAGAACUCUCUAGACCCGUCGCUUGAACAUGGCAAUUUGACCGGUCUGCCCUUCAAGAAGUUUUUAAUCGAAGAAAUGGGCGAUGUCAAAUACUUGCUUCAUCACCAUGCCGCUAAAGCACUAUUGGGGGACCGGUCGUACGUCCUCCUUCGUCAGGCAGAGAUCCAAGAACGAGAAUCUGCGGUCUGGGAAUAUCUUUGGAAUCACGACUUGUACUGUGAGGACUGGCCAGAGUCUUCAUCUUACUGGGAUGGACCUCCCAAGAUCUACAUGUCUGAUGGUCGCGUUUUUGAUGCUGAUCCGGAGCAUGUGCCGCAAGAUGUGAUUGUCGCUUUGCAAGAACUGGAGGAGCAGGAAUCAAAGCGUCGCAUGGAGCUUAGACGUCAUCGUUACUGCGAACUCACCAGGCCAGAUGAUGCGUCGGAUGAUGUCGUCGAAGCUAUGCCUGACACAACUGAAGACGAAUGGAAGAUCGACAUCCCAGAAGAGUACCUACGAUACCUGAUCCCCAGAAGUGUUCAAGAUGAAGAAGACCAGAGAAUGGACAGCUACUGGCAAGAGAAGCAGAAGGAAGACGAGAAGAAGAUACUGGCCGGCAGAAAGUCCGUGAGAAACGUGGAGUUACCUGAUCUCAAAAGGUGCAAGAAACUGGACAAGAACUGAAAAUCGUCCGAGGAGGAGUAACGCUUGGGUAGGAAUGGUUCGUGUUCUAAUUAUGAUACAAUGGAGUUUUGCAGGUUUUUCGAAAGAUCAAUUCGCAAGACCAUUUCUUCCUAGGCUUCAAGGAAUGGUUCCGUCGCCAAUCUAUUCAUAUUUCUCGUUUUGUCAGACAAUCCAAAACUGCCAUACAAGAGAGUGCGAGACAUGUAGACGCGUCGAAUACGAUGCCCUGCAGUGAUCCGUUGCGCGCCGGAUAAGCGGAGC